AUGACGAUAAAUUCAUAUGCAAUAUCACCCCACGAAGGGUCAAUGAAUAGAGAGCACGAGCCGACAAAUUAUUUUGAACCAGAACGACCGAUUAAUAUAACCCGAAGAUCAUCGGCUGUCAAUGAGAAAAGAUUUCUAUGGGAUGACGGUAUCAUUCCGUAUGAAAUUGGUGACACAUUCAAUGGAGCACAACGCAAAUUAUUUAAGAGAGCAAUGAGACACUGGGAACAAUCGACUUGCAUAAAAUUUGUUGAAAGAAUAAAAAAAAUUCACGAUUCUUAUUUACUGUUCACUAAAUUAAGCUGUGGAUGCUGUUCGUUAGUCGGCAAACGAGGCAAAGGAGGCAAUCCGAUUAGUAUCGAUGAUAGAUGUAAUACAUUUGGAACAGUUGUUCACGAAUUGGGCCAUGCAAUAGGUUUCUUCCAUGAACAUAACCGUCCAGACCGUGAUGAUUAUGUGGAAAUAAAUCAUGAUAUCAUUGACGAAGGUAGCGAAUACAAUUUUGAAAAAUCAAUAGCGGAGAAUGUAGAUACUUUGAACCAGCCUUACGAUUAUUUUUCGAUAAUGCAUUAUCCAUCAAUUGCAAUAGCAAACAGUGCUAAUAUCAAGACCUUAACACCGAAAAUAAAAAUCAAUGGCCGAAUACCGGAUAUUGGUCAGAGGAGUGCCCUAAGUACCGGUGACAUUACUGCUACAAAGUUGCUGUACAAUUGUUCUGCACAUGACGGGUCAUUUUUUGAGCCUUGGGAUAUGAUUGUCCCGCCAGUACAUCCAAAUAAUUCACCAAAAGUUUCCGAUAAAUGCAAAUGGACAAUUAGAGCUGCUGAAGGUGAACGAAUAAAGGUCAUACUAACAUCAUGGGAUAUUCAAGAGACUCCCAAUUGUACAGUAGAGUAUGUAGAAAUAAAAGAUGGCUACCAGGCAAAUAGUCGUGUCUUAGCUCGCAUAUGUGGUGAAGACAAAACAGUUAUUGUAACGGCUAGUAAUUUUGUAUCGAUUACAUAUGCUAGGAAUCGUUACGAAAAUUAUCACCUGGGAUUUAUAUUGAAAUACGAAACUGUUUGCGGCGGUGAUAUUUAUAUAGAAAGUAACGAUUCUUAUUACUUAGAAUCACCAAAUUAUCCAGAGUCAUACAAACCGAAUAAACAGUGCCAUUGGAAUAUCAAGGCUCCUUACAAGCAUUAUAUAGUAAUCCAAUUUAAUUACUUCGAACUUGAAGAAAGUAAUGGCUGUAAAAAUGAUUUUGUAAAAGUACGAGAGGGUGGAAAUAGAAAUGCGCCAAUUAUUGGAAAGUACUGCGGUGAAAGAGACCGUUUGGAAGUAGCUUCUCUGAUGAGAAGAAUUUUUCUGUCGUUUGUUACCAAUGGAUCGAAAGAAGCGGGAGUACUGAAUUUUUUUGUAAUAACGAUAAAUUCAUAUGUAAUAUUACCCCACGAAGAGUCAAUAAAUAGAGAGCUCGAGCCGACAAAUUAUUUUGAACCGGAACGACCGAUUAAUAUAAACCGAAGGUCAUUGGCUGUCAAUGAGAAAAGACUUCUAUGGGAUGACGGUAUUAUUCCGUAUGAAAUUGAAGACGUAUUCAAUGGAGCACAACGGAAAUUAUUGAAGCAAGCAAUGAGACACUGGGAACAAUCUACUUGUAUAAAAUUUGUUGAAAAAAUCCCACAAGUUGACGAUUCUUAUUUACUGUUCACUAAAUUAAACUGCGGGUGCUGUUCAGUGGUUGGCAGACAAGGCACAAAACGUAAUCCUAUUAGUCUACAUGAUGAAUGCAGUACAUUUGGAACAAUUGUUCACGAAUUGGGCCAUGCAAUAGGUUUCUUGCAUGAACAAAACCGUCCAGAUCGGGAUGAUUAUGUGCAAAUAAAUUUCGAAGCCAUUGAAAAAGGUUAA